AUGAACGCGCCAGCGCCAGAGAAACUUCUAUCGCUAUCGAACGACCGGGUUCUGGCCUACUCUGAAUGUGGGGACCUGUCAAGCAAGACUGUCAUCAUUUUCUUCCAUGGCAUGUUCGGGAUUGGGACGGCCACACCAUCGCCCGUCCUGGUCAAGCACGGGGUGCACUAUGUAGCCCCGACGCUUCCAGGCUGGGGGAACUCGUCCUCCUUACCCCCAUCGACGCCAUUUCACCUCGGGCUCGCACAUGAUAUCAGCGCGCUUCUCCAACACUUGCAUCUUGAUGCAGAUGAUAAGGACGUGAAGUUGUACAUCAGUGGGGGUUCCUUCGGCACUGUCCCAGCGCAGAUGCUGUACGGAGCUUCGUAUGAUAACUUUCCAUAUGGCCGUCGAAUCGCUGGAGUGAUGCUGGGUGCACCUCUGUCGCCCUUCCGCAAUCACAAGGAAUACAGCAAGUCGAUGCCGAUUUCAACGUACGUGCUGCUGGGAAUGUCGCCGUAUGUUCCGUUCAAGCUUCUGCCGCGAAUGAUGAAGCUUGCCAUGCAAGGGAAAAUGCAGAAGUUAGAGACGACACAAGCGUUCAUGGGUGAAACUCUCUUCAACAAGAUGGACGAGGCUGAAUUGGCAGCGUUCAAGAAGUGGAGAGAAGACACGGGGAAGGCGGAAGGGGAGUUUGAGAAAUCCAUGGCAGAGAACGCGAUGCGAAGCGUGGCCAAGACCUGGGAUGGAUUUUUGGAGGCUCCUGGCAUCCUCCAUUCUGAUUGGGGGUUCCAUCCUGCGACUCUGGACGAAGAACACGCGAAACCGAUUCUCAUCGUGUCUUCGCAGGGCGACGACAUGGCUCCGGUGAACAUUGCCGAGUGGCUUGCUGCCAACUACAAGAAUUCACGACUCAAGGUAGUUGAGGGCGGACAUUUGGCGAUCUUGUAUCAUUUAGAGGAGGUUUGGGAGGAAUUGCUCGCAUUCGUGUAA